UUAUGUUGAUUUAUAAUUAUCUAUUUAAAUAUGUUCAUUCGAUAUACAUUUUAGUUAUUGGUUUUAUGCAUGUGAUAGAAUUACACAGAAAUACUUCACAAGGUGUGAAUGUUGACUAAAAACGUAUAAUUUAUUAUUGUACGCUCGAUACCCUUUGAUCUUGAAUAAGAUUUCAAUUUCAAUCUUUUGUUCUAACUAUUAUUCUACAUUGUUUUUAUUGAGAGCUAUUCCGAAACGAACCAUUCGUCAUUGAGCUGUAAAUGUUUAUCAUCAAGUCCAAUGUCUAUUUAUCUAUGUAGCACGUAGGAAAUAAAAAAAAUAUUAGUGAUAAUUAACCACAGUAUACAUUUAUUAUUUACUGAAACAAGACUGCUAGUAUUGUUGUAAAGAAACGAUGUUCCAUUAAACAUAUUUUAAUAUUAAAAAUGAAUUAACACUUCAAAUUGCAAUAUUCCGGGUAUCCGAGAAAGUUUUACAGUGUUGUGUUUAUACGUGAAAUAUCUUACCGAGUACAAAUUUAUACGUCGUAGGAGACUCGAUUGUUUAAAAUGUUGCAAGGAACGUGUGAAAAAUCAAACGAUUUAAAAAUGAACGCCGCUAGUGGCGGAUGGUCGGCCGUAAAAUUACUCGAAAAGCUGAAAUUCUGCAACAGCGGUAUUAUAAAAAUUGGCACUCUUGAGCGCGAGCGUUCGUCGACCAAAAAUCAGGAGCUCUAUGAAACCGGCAGCAAUUCGAUACCUUCGGGUUUUGUGUUUCUGGUCGUGUUGAUCGGCCUGAGUGGAAUAUUUACGAUCAUCAUGUGGUUCACGGAGUUCUACAUGUUCCAAAUCUUACAGUUCGUGACCAUAACGCAGGGUAGCGCCUCAUACAACAUGUGGCAAAACCCGCCCGUCAAGCCUUACGUGUCGAUUUACCCGUUCAACUAUACCAACAUCAAUCGGGUGCUGAAAUACGGCGAUACGCCCAUAGUCCAAGAGCUAGGACCGUUCGUCUACAAAGAGACUGUCGAACGGAUUAACGUGGAGUUCAACGCCAACGGUACGGUCACAUAUCAGGAGCGGCGGAGUAACGAGUUCGUGCCAGAGAUGUCGCAAGGCGACCCGAAACGAUUGACCAUAACCGUACCGAACUUGCCGCUAAUCAGCGCCAUAUCGAAGAGCGCCGACACGUUUUACCUUACCCAAAAGUUCAUGUCGUUGUUUUUGGACGGGUUCAAGGUGAAACCGUUCCUGGAUCUAAAGAUUGACGACUACUUUUGGGGCUACGAGGAUAGCAUAUACACUCUGGCUCAAAGCCUGGCGUCGACAGUGCACAGGGACGCCCAGCUGUCCAAAUUCGGCAUAGUUACUGGGCGGCGCGGCGCGUCGUCCGACCGGAUCACGAUCCACAGUGGAGUCGGCAACCUGAACGAGCUCGGCGUCAUCACCCGCUACAACGGGCUGGACGCACUGGACGUGUGGAAGACAGACGAGUGCAACCGGUUGGACGGCAGCGAUGGGUCCCAGUUUCCACCGACCACGUUGAAUCGCAAGUCGAAACUGUUCGUGUUCCACAUGGACUUGUGUCGUCGGUUCCCACUGGUCUACAAGGAAGACAUCGAAACGGUGCCCGGGGUGACAGCAUUCCGUUUCCAGGCGCCCAGAAACGUGUUUGAUACACCCAACACAAACCCGGAUAACGACUGUUAUUACACCUCGGAAACGUCUCCUCCAUCGGGAGUGUUCAAUUCGUCGCCAUGCAACGGCGCUCCGGUAAUGAUGUCGUUCCCGCACUUCUAUUUGGGCGACCCGGAGCUGAGAAGAGACAUUCUCGGGCUGUCGCCAGAUCCUGAGCUGCACGAGACCUUUAUUGAUAUUCAUUCGAAGUUAGGAGUAUCCUUGGGAGGUCGGUCCAGGUUUCAAGUCAAUAUCAUGUUAAAGAAAGCCGAUGGGAUAUCACAUUUCAAAAAUUUCAAGCAGGGAAUAAUACUGCCAGUAGCAUGGAUAGAAGUGAAAGUUGACAAACUUCCUGACGACAUCAAGAGAACUCUUCAACAGACUUCUAUUAGUAUCAACCUUGGUGAGAUAUUGUUGAAGUGGACGUCGUUAUUGACUCUUACAUUGUCAAUGGUUUUUUUGGUCAGAAAAAUCAUAUUAAAAGAUUGUUUUAUGUCUAAUGAGAAACAAAUUUUACCUAUGAAUAAAUAAUUGUUAUGUACUAAAUAAAAUAUGUAUUAUCUACUAUAA